AUGAGGCUCCUAAAUACGGAGAUAGCCGAGGUCAUCGAGGUAUACGGAAGCGAUAUACCGCGAUACGCAAUCUUGUCCCAUACAUGGACUGAUGGCGAGAUCUUGAUUCAGGAACUUCAAGACCCCCAUUUACGUGAUGCAGCAUGGAAGGACCUUGCCCGCAAGUUGCCAAAAGAUAUACGCGAAAAUAAAAGGAGAGCUUUUGGCAAGCUUGUUAAGAGCACCAUGAUUGCUCGUCGAGGCGAGUAUGAUCAUAUUUGGAUUGAUACAUGCUGCAUCGACAAGUCGAGCAGUGCUGAGCUAUCAGAGGCAAUUAAUUCCAUGUACCGCUGGUACGCCGAGGCAGGUAUCUGCUACGCGUAUUUGGCUGAUGUCCCGCCUGCCAGAACCGAGGAUAUCUUCCAGCAGGGCUCGAAAUUUCGACAGAGCCGCUGGUUUACGAGGGGAUGGACGCUCCAGGAGUUGAUUGCCUCUCCAAAUGUCGAGUUUCUGGCCAGUGACUGGACGUAUCUUGGAGCAAAGACGGGAGAUCUGGAUUUUACCAAGCUGUUAGUAGACAUCACGGGCAUCCAACUCGGGGUACUGACAGGGGAGAUGAGUCCUCAAGAUGUGAGCGUUGCUGCACGAAUGCAUUGGGCAGCAGAUCGACAGACCACACGUAUCGAAGACAUCGCUUAUUGUCUUCUGGGAAUAUUCGAUGUGAAUAUGCCCCUGCUUUACGGCGAGGGCAAGAGAUCCUUCAUCAGAUUACAGGAAGCGAUUCUAGCAAAGGAAGAUGAUCAGUCAAUAUUUGCUUGGCAUACGGAUUUAGACGACGCUGAUGCCACCGGCGGCAAGACCCAGUGGAGUCAAAUGAGUGGCCUGUUGGCCGACUCACCCAGCAGAUUCUGGGAUAAACGCGAUAUAGAAACUACUAUGCCUUUGACUCUCUCAGAUGAACCACCAACAGUUACAAGCCGGGGGCUGGGAGUUGGCUUUCUUCUCUUUCCCUGCCCUACAAUCCAAAUGGUUGAGGCUGAUUUUCGAGUUAUCUUGAAUUGUGAGAGAGUCCGGAAGCGGAGGAGGCAGUCUCCUGUUAUCUAUCUCAAGAGAAUCUGGGGCAUGGGCAACCAAUUUGCGCGUGUGGGAUCACAUCUCAAGUCAUUCGUGGCCCCCAACAUUAGCCUUCUUGACGGUGGUGUCUACGAGCGUGUGUUUGUGAAACAGAAUCCCGCUGCAGACAUUCGGACAGUCCGGAUCAUGGCCGCGAAGGAACGCUCCGAGCCACAGCUCCCGAGCAGCAUCAGCCAGAUUACUGAAUGGAAGAUCAAGGAUGCUUGGCCCAAGCACGGCUGGACAGAGGCGACUCAGACCUUGCAAACUCAGCAUUUGACGUUUGGACUGCCAUGUGGAAUAAUUCGCAUCGAAGUUCCACAGAAUGGGUACUCUGUGACAAUGGAUGUGGCUAUCGGAAUGCACGCCCAAAACGAGCGUCUGUACCAUAGUUGGUGUCAGAUCAUGACGGUCAACGCAACAUUCCUACCCGAGGGCAUGUUUUCAUGGGCGACACAUGAAGCUCAAUCGGGAAACAUUGAGUAUAAAAACCUUUCUACACAUAACUUCGAUGGUAUCGACGUUAAGCCUUGGGUGUUCGUGACUGAGCAGAACCGAAAGAAGACGCUGGAUAUCGUGGUACAUGUCUUAUCAGGCGAUACUUCUGUUGGAGGAAAUAAUAACCACACCCUCGACACCUAUAGCCAAAUCAUACCAGUGGAAACUCUACCUCAAGAAGAACGUAUGAACGUACCUGGUGCCGGUAGUCCUGAUCUUUUAUUAGAUCCUUUUUCUGCACAGGGGAAUCAUGCUUGGGAUAGCUGGUCCCGCGGGGUUAUUGCGAUGAUGAAAGAAAUUUCAGUUAUUGACAAUAUCGAAACAAGUGUCUUCUCACGGUUGGGCUUCGGCUCGAAAGUACGGAUUAAAGCCCAAGAUGGCGAUGGCAUCUCCCACGAGUCUGUGUUGAAGUAUUGCUUGUCUGCCCUGCCAGCCAGUGAUACCGAGACACCCAAACUCGUGCAUGUUCUUCGUGGAGAGAAUCAAGCAGACAUGGAGAACUGUAUCGAAGCGGCCAAAGUUUUGGAGAGUAAGCCGGACUCCUUCCUUCAGCUCCGACCUAUUCAAUGGGCAAUUUUAGGUGGCAACCUGGACGUUGUAAGCACACUAGUUGAUGCGGGCAUUGACUUUCGUGGCAAGUCCGAUAGACGUCUCACAAGUCUCCAUCUCGCCCUUCUUCUUCCCAACCCAACAAUAUUCCACUAUAUUUGUGGCGUAAUACAGGGGGUCUCACCACCAGUUCCAGUCUCUGAUGCUUCCCUAUCCACCUUUACCGAAACUGCUCCGGCUGUUGAUUAUUACGAGCCAACUGCCAUUAAUCUUGACCGACCCAUACACUUUGCUGCUUCCUACGCAUCAUCCCCCGCAUUUUGGGAAAAACAUAGAUUUAAUGUGUGGGAACCCAGACUUGAUAUAUGGGAUGACAUUCGACGUGAAAACAGACUUGGGGAGAGACCUAUUCACAGGGCUGCCGCCAUGGGUAACAUGGCUGCUCUUGAAUUCAUUCUCGGCCACGAGGAAUCCUCGAUAAUGAAUCAAUGCAAUAUAGCUGACGAUCAAGGGAGGACAGCACUUUGGCAUGCAGCAUGCUGCGAUCACUCAGGAUCUAUCACGGCAAUGUUGCUUUCGCAUGGUGCCAGUCCUGAUUUUCCCUGCGAAGAUGGUCUUGCCCCGAUUCACGUAGCUUGUCGCCAAGGCACAGCAGGCUGUCUGAAAGAAUUAAUUUCGAACGGAGUGAGCCCCGCUCUUCCCACAGCAACCAAUAUUUUGCCUGCUCAUUUCGCUGCGAUAUUUGGUCACCAAGCUUGUUUGGAGGUAUUGUUGGCCCAUAAUGCUCCCAUGAAAUCCUAUGUAAAGGACAUCACCAAUAUCCAGCAACUUUCCGCAUUCCACCUAGCUGUUGCCAACGGAAAGGAAGCAUGUGCUCGAUCUAUUUGGAAUUCAUCAUCGUUUAGCAAAGACGAAUUGAAGUUGCGAGAAUGGAAGCUCUGUGUCUUAGCCGAACCGUCAGGUCCUAAAAUUCGCUCCAUGUACAUUGAAAUCACUGACAAGCACUGGUUUGCGAGUGAGCAACCUAAGAUAGAUUGGGGAACAAAUAUAGGUGUGGGGGACUGGGGAACUUCUAUCAUGUGA